AUGGCAGAAAUUGCUCUUGGAACUUUUGCUAAUGUCUUCAUUGCAUUGGUGAACUGUACUGACUACCACAAGAGGAAAAAGAUUUCCCUAGCUGAUCAAAUUCUCACUGCUCUCGCUGUCUCCAGGAUUGGUCUGCUUUUGGUAAUAUUAACAAAUUUUUGUUCACCCAUGAUUAAUCCAGUUUUAUAUGCUAAGGAGACAAGAUGUAUUAUUUCCUUUAUCUGGGCAAUAACCCACCAUUUGAACACCUGGCUUGCAACUGUACUUAGCAUAUUUUAUUUGCUCAAGAUAGCCAAUUUCUCUAACCUUAUUUUUCUUCACUUAAAGAGGAAAGUUAAGAAUGUCAUUAUAGUUGCAAUUUUGGCAAAUUUCCUGUUCAUGAUUCAUAUUCUUAUGAUGAAAAACAUAUGUGAGGUAAUCAAAGGGAAUGAACAUGAAAUCUACUUGUUAAAUAAGACCAAACUGAGUAACAUGGUAAACCUUACUCUUAUGAGUAUAUUCACUCUAGACAAUGUCAUUCCUUUUAUUACAUCCCUGAUCUGCUUUCUGCUGUUAAUCUACUCUCUGUGUAAGCAUCUUAGGACAAUGAAGAUCUAUGGAAAAGGAACCCAAGAUGCCAGUACUAUGGCCCACACGAAGGCUUUGCAAACUGUGGUCUCCUUUCUGUUGUUAUUUGCUUUAUUCUUUUUGACUGUAACGGUGUCAGGUUGGAAUUAUAAGACAUCUCUGAGUGAGCCCAUCCACUUGAUUUGCCAGGCUAUUGGAAUUUUAUACCCCUCAAGCCAUUCGUUUAUCCUAAUAUGGGGAAACAAGAAACUCAAACAAGCAUUUACAUUGGUAAUGAUGAAGGUGAAGUUCUGGCUGAGAGAAGGAAAAACCUUCUUCAAUCGAUAA